CACAUCUCAAGUAGAGUGCGCAGUCUCAAAUUGCAUUGCUCUCUCCUAGCGCCUCCUUACACAAACAUCUUUCCCAGUCAACUUGGGUCGAAGUUCAGAUUAAUCAGCAUGUCAACAGGGAAGAUGGUGGAUGUGGAGGCACUGAGGAAAGCCCAGAGGGCUGACGGUCCAGCAAAUAUCUUGGCAAUCGGAACAGCUACUCCUCCCAACGCGAUUGAGCAGAGCGAGUACCCGGAUUACUAUUUCAGAAUCACCAACAGCGAGCACAAGGUUGAGCUCAAGGAGAAGUUCAAGAGAAUGUGCGAGAAGUCAAUGAUAAGGAAGAGGUACAUGUAUCUCACGGAGGAGAUACUGAAGGAGAACCCCAACGUUUGCGCUUACAUGGCCCCCUCGCUGGACGCUAGGCAGGACAUGGUGGUGGUCGAAGUUCCCCGCCUGGGAAAAGAGGCAGCUGCCAAGGCCAUUAAGGAGUGGGGUCAGUCCAAGUCGAAGAUCACUCACCUUAUCUUCUGCACCACCAGCGGAGUAGAUAUGCCCGGCGCCGACUAUCAGCUCAGUAAACUGCUCGGCCUCCGCCCUUCAGUCAAGAGAGUGAUGAUGUAUCAGCAGGGCUGCUUUGCCGGAGGCACGGUUCUGAGAGUGGCCAAGGACCUCGCUGAGAACAACCGCGGAGCUCGAGUUCUGGUCGUUUGCAGUGAGAUCACGGCCGUCACUUUUCGCGGCCCAUCCGACACUCACCUCGACAGUCUGGUUGGGCAGGCUCUUUUCGGCGACGGUGCGGCUGCCGUGAUCGUGGGAGCAGACCCCGUUCCAGAAAUAGAGAAGCCCUGUUUCGAGCUCCUCUGGACUGCUCAGACAAUUCUCCCCGACAGCGAGGGCGCCAUCGAUGGUCAUCUGAGAGAGGUCGGGUUAACAUUCCAUUUAUUGAAAGACGUGCCUGGGCUGAUCUCGAAGAACAUUGAAAAGGCUCUGGUGGAGGCCUUUGGGCAAUUCAACAUCUCCGACUGGAACGAACUCUUUUGGAUUGCACACCCUGGAGGCCCGGCAAUCCUGGAUCAGGUGGAGUCGAAAUUGGAGCUGGAUCCCAAAAAGAUGCGAGCGACUAGACACGUAUUGAGUGAGUAUGGGAACAUGUCGAGCGCCUGCGUGCUCUUCAUAUUGGACGAAAUGAGGAAGUCGUCUGCAGAAAAGGGAUGUGCGACCACGGGAGAAGGACUGGACAUGGGAGUACUCUUUGGCUUCGGCCCUGGACUCACUGUGGAGACCGUGGUUCUUAAGAGUGUUCCUGUCCUAUCAUGAACAAAUUUCCGCCCUUGACGACAUGAUACACAAUUGCAUUCGGUCGUUUGCUUAGUGAAAUCCUAUUCAUUCCAGUUGUAAUUUGAGUUCGAAUUCGUAUUCCAUGUGUUGUGUAUCUCAUCGUACCGUGUAUGCCAUGAGAUACAGACAAUAAGGAAUUGGUCGAUUGUAGAUUUCAUUUUCGAGAAAUUUAACAAACUUUGGAAAAAAGUAUUUCUUCGUCA